AUGCCUCCGAAAAAGAUUGAAGUUGUCAAGGACAAUGUCGUGGCGUUUGGCAGGGUCAGCAAGAACCUCAAGAUGGGGUGCGUCGGCCUGCCCAACGUGGGCAAGUCGAGUCUCUUCAACCUCUUGACCGAACAGAGCGCCGCGGCGGAGAAUUAUCCGUUUUGUACGAUUGAGCCCAACGAGGCGAGAUGUGCUGUUCCCGACGCUCGAUAUGACUUCUUGUGUGAUCUGUGGAAGCCGCCUUCCAUGUACCCGGCGUACUUGCAGGUCACCGACAUUGCUGGGUUGAUCAAGGGUGCUUCGACGGGAGCGGGACUUGGAAAUGCUUUCUUGUCUCAUAUCCAGGCUGUUGAUGGCAUGUUCCAUAUUGUCAGAGCAUUCGACAACGAUGAAGUCUUGCACGUCGAUGACUCGGUUGAUCCCGUCCGGGACUUGGAAACCAUCCAAAGCGAGCUUUGCAAGAAGGAUCUUGACAUUCUGGCCAAGACCAUCGUUGCCGAGGAGUUGAUCGUCAAGAAGGCAGGAGGCAAGUACAAGAUGCUGCCUCUCUUCACAGAGACAACAACAAAGAUCCAAGCAAUGCUGGAAAAGAACACCCCAGUCCGCGACGGAAGCUGGACGCCCGCUGAGAUCGCCCUCAUCAACGAAAAGAUGUCUCUCAUCACCACCAAGCCCGCCAUCUACCUCGUCAACCUGACGAUGAAGGACUACCUCCGCCAAAAGAGCAAGUACCUGCCUUCCAUCGCCAAGUGGGUCACCGAGCACGGCGGUGUCCCGCGGGACAUUAUCCCCUUCUCCGUCGAGUUCGAGGAGAAGCUGCACAGCUUGAAGGACGACCCGGCUGCGCGGGACGAGUUCCUCAAGGAGAGCAAGGUCAAGUCGAAGCUGGAUAAGAUUGUGACGGAGGGGUUCACGAAGCUUGGAUUGCAGUACUACUUUACUGCUGGUGAGAAGGAAAUCAGAUGCUGGACGAUCCCGAGAAACUGCCUCGCACCGCAAGCCGCCGGCGCCAUCCACAGCGACUUUGAGAGGGGCUUCAUCAAGGCCGAAGUCGUCGCCUACCAAGACUUCCACGAUCUCUGCGAGGGCGGCAAGUCCAUGGGCCCCAUCAAGGCUGCCGGCAAGUACCGCCAGGAAGGAAAAUCUUAUGUUGUUCAAGAUGGCGACAUUAUUCAUUUCCAGUUCAACGUUGGAAACAAGAAGUAG